CAAGGAUCCUGUGUCCGAAUGAGUGAGGAACACAGGCUGAAGAGUGCAGCCCUGCCUGCGCCGGAUACCUUUUUAUUUUCUCGCGGUUUGUUCUGCGUCCGCGUUUUAUUAAUGGGAACUUGCAAUUUGAUUGUAGUAAGCCUGGAAUAUCUGAAACUCCACAGGAGCUCCUGAAAAUAUACACAGCAGACAAGAGAGGGCAGCCGGGAAUUGGCAAGAGUUUGUUCUUCAGGAAGAAACAAGGAGUUUUGUUCAAAUCGGUUACCAUAUUCCUCAAAAAUGGAAAUCUUCCCUUCCACUGAGGCUGGCUAAUGAUGUGAGUAGGAAAUGGCUGAGAAGCAAGUCAAGACUUCUUUCCUUUUCGUCCGGCUGCAAUCCCCGUCCAGCGGGGCUGGGCAGGCGAAGGGGCGAUGCAUCCAGGGCAAGCCCGGCUCCGAGCGGCUUGCUGCGGCCAUAGACACCGGGGGCGUGGCUGGCAGCUGCCACGACAACCGCAAACAGUCCUGCCAAGCCUUGUGCGCUCAGGGGCGACCUGAGGUCGAGGUGGGGCGCCGCUGGACAGAUGUUGGCAGCUGCGGACCGAGCGCUUGCACACCCGGCGGUGCAUGCAAACCGGGCGCAAGGCGAAGCUUGUCUCCCUCGGCCGCUUCCCCCGCCGGUAAGACGGGCAACUUCCUGGAUGCGGUGACUGUGCAGAAGGGUGCACCGUGGAGCAGAGAGAGUGCAGGCUCGGAGCUAGCAGCCGGCAGGGUGCAGCUGCAGCAGUGUGCAGCCGGCUUCUGCAACGCGCUCACCUCGCGUCAUGCGUCCAGCUCCGGGAACGACGGGUUCCGAUGGGAAGUAGAAGUCAGCAAGCCCAAAGUGGUAGAGUCGCCCACCUUCAGCAAACCUCCCCUCUCGGCGAAUCAACCAUUUAGUUCUGGGGUGGUGGAUUGGUCACGAAGAUCAGGUGGCAUUCAGGAAAGGACAUGCCACCCGUACAACCCAGCUCCCAGCCUCUCCACAACCACCCUCUCCUCUCCCACGAGUCCCAACACGUUGCAAAAGACUGAGACAUUUGUCUGGAUCAACAAGACGUCGCCACACGCGCAGAGUGUCGCAAAGGCUAAAUAUCAAUUUUUAUUUGGAACACCUCCAGAAGACAACUCUUUGGAAAGGGGUUGUUUCCAGUCAUCGAGAGAGAAUAGUUGCAUGAACUCCAGAUUUCCCUCGGAGCUGAGGUCCAGGGAGGCCGAGGACCGGAUUUGUGUGCCGGGGUUGGAUGUCAGGUUGUGGGAGCCGGACGUGCUGGUACUGGACGGCAGGGAGGAGAGGCGGCAUCCCACGAGCGAGCCGGCGCCAGGAUGCUCCGGCAUUCCCAGCAGCGCGGCGCUGAUGACGGCAUUCUCCGGCUCGGGACAUGCGAAGACUGACCCGGGAGAGCCGAAGGCCGACCGUGGUGCGGAGAGAACGGCCGUGAGAGGGAUCGCCGAGCUGCUGGUCAGCACGACCAAGGUGGCCACGGCGGCCAUGUUUGGCAUUGCCCGCAGCCAGCAGGCCGAGCUGUUGCCAAUGGACCAGGGGACGGUGGCUUUGGGGGAGAGCGAGCUCGUGAAGCCAUUGACGGACGAGAGGGGCCGGCAGGAGUUGGCCGGAGGCGACAAGGAGACAGCACAGACUCCAUCCUUGACCCACAAAGACAUUGGCCUGGUGGUGAUGGUGAUGGAGGAACCAGGCGGCCAAUCUCUCCCGCAACUGGGGGCCGUGGCGGAGAAAUCCAGAGACCUACGGCCAACGAAAGACAGACCGUUGGCGCCGGCGUUGGUGAGCAAACCCGCCGAGUCUGUGGACGUCAGCCCACGGCUGGGCCGACCUAGCAAUAAGGACAAAGGGCAAGAAGGCCAGUUCAGAAACAGUGCAACUUCCAGGGACGGUGAGAAAGACCCCUUGAGUCCAGUUCAGUUGGAGAUGAAAAGUGACGAUGAUGACGAAGUCUUUGUGAGCGCUAGAGAGAGUGAAGAGAGUUUAUCAAGUGAACCCUCCAAGGAAAACAAAUCAGCAAAUUUACCGAUGGUGACAGCAAUGAAGGAGACCGAGUUUGAAUAUUCGUGGACCUCGCAGAGUGAGGUGACCGACAUCUUCAGCUCGCAGUUUGAACAUAUCAUGGAGUGCCAGCAAAUGAGAGGCACCUCGUACAACAGCCUGGACUCACUGGACAUGUCUUCCACUGACGAGAGCGAGCGUGGCUUCAGCUUUGACAUGCCCCUCACCCCCUUGAUUCAGCAGCGGAUCAAGGAAGGUAGCAGUCAGUUCCUGGAGGACGGGCUCUCGGAGACUUCCCCUGGGGGCAAAGCAUCUCAUUGCUACUUUACAGACUUAAACGGGACUUCAGAGAGCAGCACAGAGGAGUCAACAAACAGCAGCGUGUCGGACAAUGCAUUCCACAAAUAUUCUCUGAGUUCCCUGGCAAACGGAGCACCUCACCAUUUGGAUAUGCACGAUGAGAAGGCACGUACUACCUCAAGUGACUGUGGCCUGAAAGAAAUGCGUACUGAUGGGGCCCUUGAAAUGUGCAGCAUGGAGCAGCCAUCGCUCCAAAGUGGUAUGGACCUGGUAACCAAUGGCAAUAAGAGUGACCUGGAAGCAGCCAAGAGGUUGGCCAAGCGACUGUACAAUCUAGAAGGGUUCAAGCGAUCGGAUGUUGCUCGACACCUGGGUAAAAAUAAUGACUUCAGCAAGUUAGUAGCAGAAGAAUACCUCAAAUUUUUUGACUUCACUGGGUUGACCUUGGACCAGUCCCUAAGAUUUUUCUUGAAAGCAUUUGCACUAAUGGGAGAGACUCAGGAACGGGAGCGGGUUCUGAUCCACUUCUCCAACAGAUAUUAUCAGUGUAACCGGUGCUCUAUUCCUUCACAAGAUGGAGUCCAUUGCCUUACUUGUGCACUGAUGUUAUUGAAUACAGACCUCCAUGGCCAUAAUAUUGGGAAGAAGAUGACCUGUCAAGACUUCAUUAACAAUUUGGAUGGAUUGAACGGAGGGAAGGACUUUACAAAAGAGCUAUUAAAGGCGUUGUACAAUUCAAUCAAGAACGAAAAGCUGGAAUGGGCAAUAAAUGAAGAGGAGUUGAGGAAGUCUCUCUCCGAGCUUGCUAACAACAAGACAGAUAAUGCUGGAUCCAAGACCAGCAAUCGAAUUGGCUCCAGCACGAAUCCGUUCCUUGACAUUCCACAGGAUCCCAAUGCUAAAACAUACAAAGCUGGCUUUCUCUCACGAAAAAUUCAUGCAGAUAUGGAUGGAAAGAAAACUCCGAGGGGAAAAAGAGGUUGGAAGACAUUUUAUGCCGUGCUCAAAGGCAUGAUUCUUUACUUGCAGAAGGUAAAUGCACCUCCUUUCAUUCAGUAGAACCAUCCAAUAAAUAAAUGCCAAUAAAUCUGUGGCCUUGCAGCAAAUGUGUGGAAAUUCCUGGUUUUCCCCUGUAUACACUCAGCGAUGGAACAAAAAAGCAACUCGAGUAAAAUUCAAUACAAUGGACACACGGACUUCAGAUGCUGGAAUCCUGGGCAUGAAUUAAACACAAUAUGAUUAUCCCUGGAGACAUGUAAUGUACAAAAUAACAGCAUGAACUAGUUUGAUCACAGGCACAAUGUGCUGGAGAAACUCAGCAGGGCAGCAGCAUCUCAGGAGAACAUCGAUAAGUAAUGUUUCAGGUCAGGACCCUUCUUACGAGUCUGGAUUGUAAAACAGCAUCAGCAGUUCCUUGUUUCUAAACUAGUUCAAUCAAUUAGGUUUAA